CGUCACGCCGCUGGAUGUGGGCGUGGCCAGACGCCGAGGCUGUAUUUAUAGGCCGCCGUGUCUCAGUGCGGAAAGUUUGGUUGGUCGGUGUCAGAGCGCGCCCCCUAUAGACAGCACGGAGAGCUGCUCGCAGUGUCAGACAGAGGGCGCUCUGCGCAUGCGCCGGGGGCGGGGGGCUCGGCAGCGCUGUGCUCAGACUGGGCCUCUGCAAGGCCGGAGCCAGCACCGCAAACAAAGCAGCACCUGCCCGCCUGCAUCGCUGUCCGCCGUGCGGGGCCCGGCCGGGGAGCUAUCACAGGCCCACACCGCUUCAAACUGGGGGGGGCCGGCGGCUCCAAGAUGGCUGUGGAGAAGAUGGAGCUGGACAUGGAGAUCCAGACUGUGCAGAGCGAGGCGGGCAUGAGGAGGUCCAGCAGCGCCCCGCUCAUCAAUGGACUCAGGUAGGACUGAGAGGGGAACUGGGAGUGAUGGGAGUGGAGGGGAACUGGGAGUGAUGGGAGUGGAGGGGAACUGGGAGUGAUGGGAGUGGAGGGGAACUGGGAGUGAUGGGAGUGGAGGGGAACUGGGAGUGGAGGGGAACUGGGAGUGGAUGGCUACUGGGAGUGAUGGGAGUGGAUGGCUACUGGGAGUGAUGGGAGUGGAUGGCUACUGGGAGUGAUGGGAGUGGAUGGCUACUGGGAGUGAUGGAGUGAUGGGAGUGGAUGGCUACUGGGAGUGAUGGAGUGAUGGGAGUGGAUGGCUACUGGGAGUGAUGGGAGUGGAUGGCUACUGGGAGUGAUGGGAGGGGAGCACGGAGGGGGGUGCCUUGCUGUCUGGCCUGGCACGCCAUCUAUUGGCCUGCUGAGUAUCUAGGAGGUGGAUGCCAGAGGUGAUCAUUAAGUUUAGGCCAUGGGUGGCCGAAAGGUAAACGCUUAUAACAUCUGUUCUAGAACUACAACUCCCAGCAUGCAUUCCAGCCAGGGAGCUCUCAGCUGACCCCACUGCAUUCAAGUAGCAGGGCUAGUUCUCUAAAUUGAAUAUGUUUUUGAUUUUAUUUUUUUAUCACUUGGUGCAAAAUUGUGAAUGAACUGGAAACUUGGACUAUUUGUGUGUGUGUGUGUGUGUGUGGGGGGGGGUAGGGUAAUGUAGAGUUAAUGGUUAAGAAAUAUAGGUUACUUGCAUAAUUUCAGCAAAGUGUGCAGCUUGGUGUGCCUUUUUUUAAAAAUUAUUUUGAGUGUGGUUUUGUGACUUUUUAUUUUUAUCUUUUUAAAAUAAAAUAUUUAUCAAAUUGGACAAUCAGAUUUGCCAUCCAUCUUCAUAACAAUUGAAAAAUUGCUCUGCUUGCGAUCAUGCAACAACUUCUGUUUUAGCAAUACAAGUUACAAGAACCAUUUCUGCAGCUGGUCAUGGGUUAAAGUUGAAAUUUGAGUUUGAAUAGUAAAGUUGAUCAAUAUUUUUUAUUUAUUUAUUUAUUUUUUUUUUUUAUUUAUCUUCCCUUUUAGUGAUACUGAACAAGUGUUUCAACCAUAUACAAUUCGGGCACGAAGAAAUAGUACAACUACUACUAUGAUGAAUCGUCACAGCAUGGUAUGUUUAAAUUGACACCACUCCUUCAGUGAACAAUUCUGAAAAUAUUUUGGGGAACAAUUUGCAAUUCUUACUGUCCAUGUUCUGUUGCUCAGCAUUGGCAAGGGAAUGUAGCAUAUUAAAUAUUUUGGUGUCAUUGUUUUAAAUGUUGGCUCAAUUGCAUUGAACUAAAACAAACCUCACUUGUGUUUUUUUUUUUUUUUCAUCAGUGCAUUCACAUUAAAGGUCUGUUUGGGCACCCUAACAUCCUUUCAAGUUGUUAUGGUGCCAGGAGGUUCCAUGCACUGGCUUACCUUAAGGUUUUAAAGUGUUAAAGUGCAAGCUUCCCCAAUUAUGCUGUUACUGUGUUUUUCUGUAUGAAUGGAGCAACAUUAAAGGUGCCAGCUAGGAAGUAACCAUAGCAAACACAGCGCAUGCAUUUUAGUUCCUAUGCCCAAAAACAGAACCCUCUUCUAGGCAAUCCGUUUCAUAAUUUACUGGUCGUGGAGGGACCUAAUUUUAAAUGGGGUUUGAUUUCAAUCUACAUAAUUGCUAGCUCAAUGCAUAGGUGUAGUUUAAUUUUCUGUUUAAGUACUUGUUGUAUCAUGACGGUUAAUUUCAUAUUCAAAACCAUUUAAAUAAAAGUAAUUUGUAUUUUCAGAUACCGAUGUCUUCACCAAUACGCAUUCCCUGCAGCAGACUUUAUCAGCUCAGAAGGGUAAGUCAUUUGCUGAUCUGGCAGGUUUAUGGUGUGUUGGUAGAUUUAGCUGUAUAACUGUUAUAAGGGGGGAAAAACUGUUGCUCUUAAAUCAGUCUUACUUGCCUUUUUGUAGAUCUGGUGAUAAGCGCCCAUUAAAUCAUUUUUACCUUUUAAUGUUACCUUUGUGUGUUUAUAUUCGUAUUGCAAAAAUGUUGACUGCAAGUUUGUCGUACAAGGUUAGGUCAUGUGUUUUUUGUUUUUUUUUGUGACCAGAUAUUUUAGCAUCACAUCAACUCGUAUUUUUACUACCUGUCUCUGAAGCUGGUGUUUAUGCAAUGGUGGACAAAUAUCGUCUGCAUCCAAAUCGAAUACUGCUCAUUCCGUUUUUUCAAAUUGUCUAUAUCUAAAUAUAUAUUUAUUUUUGAAUAUUUUUUUUUCUUCGCAGGAGGAAGGUGCCGAUUUGAUUGACCGAGAGACUGCAAGUGAACGGCAAGUAUUUCCAUGUCUGUUUAUAGUUAUAAUGUAGAAACCCUUUUUUGAAUAUUCACAUUUCAAACUGAUUUGUUAAAUGAACACUUUAAGCACCAUAACCACUCACUGUAGUGUUUUUUUUUCCCCUUUGUGUCCUCUCUGUAUUGUAAGGAGUCAAACUGUUUUUUGUGUUUCUUACUUAGUCUGUAGUAGUUCUAGUGCUUGGAGUCUGAGUAUUUUCUGUAAAAUCAAUAGAAGUAAAUUGUACUCCAUAAAUUGACAUAAUUUAAUAGAAAAGGUGUGUGUGUGUGUGUGUGUGUGUGUGUGUGUGUGUAAAAUAUAAAUAUAUAUAGUAUACCUUAUUUUUUUUUGUCGAGUUAACUUUUCAUAGAAUGACUGACCUCUUAACACAAACUAUUCCAUGAUGCUAUCCCAGAAGUACAAAUUCUCACUUCAUGUAUUGAUUUUAAUUGUCAUUGUUUGCCCCCCCAAAAAAAAACACAACUUUUUUUUCACAAUACUAUCUUUGUUUUCUUUUACAGGGAGUUCCAAGCAGCAAUGCAAAUGAGUUUGUCCUGGGAAGAUAAUUUUAACCUGGUAAGAUCUGGUUUAAUCCUUGUGGGGGCCCCAUCUCCUAUGUUAUCUUACUUUGUAACUUUUGUAUACCAUUUUGACUUGUUGCAUGAUGGAUUUUGGAUCUGUGUUGCAUCUUUCCUGUGGGAUGUCAAUAUGUCCAUAUCAUGCUAAAGUAAAAACCUAUAGGAGGCAUCAGGGCAACCAGUUGUGAAGUACAAACUGAGUUGUAGUAUAUUUCUCCUACAAUGUAUCUCUUAAAAUACAUGUCUUUAAAUAUUUUGUCUGUGCAAUGGUCUGCUUAAUUUAUAGGUGUGUGAAUUUAUGUAUGUGUAUAUAAAUUACACACAUCAUUUGUCCUUUAUGAAUUAAACAGACCAUUGCAUAUAAUCUCUCAUAUAUAUAUAUAUUUAUAGUUAUAUUUUUUUUGACCUGGAAUAUUUAAAUUUUGUAGAUGCUUAAAACACCUGCUUGUUUUGGUUUGACUUAAAGUGAAUGUACAUGAAAAAUAGAAUGUAGUGUAUGUACUGUUCAAAUAUUUUUUUUAUAUAUUAAAAACUUGGUUCUGUAGGUACACUUAGAAAUUACUAUGAUACUGUUUUUGUGGGACUAAAUGACUCCUAUAUCUAUAUGUAACAGCUAAUCACAUCACAGACUUCUAACUUUUUUCAAGACUACGUAAAUAAUAUUUAUAUAUUUUUUUUUGCUUUUUAGAGUGACAAUGAUCUUGACAAACUUGAAAAAUCGACUUCUCCAAAGCAAGUAGAUUUUACUCCUGUAUCUCCAGCUCCUUCACCAACCAGAGGAAUUGGAAAGGUAACCAUUUGUCCACUAUGCAACCUAGUAAUUCAGUUGCACGUUCUUGCAUGCAAAACACCACACAUGAAAUCCUCACUGGCCUUUAUCCUCUAAGGGUAUAAAAACUUUGCCAUAUUAGUCAGAAUUGGUAUUAAGGGUUUCUAUUGUAGAUCAGUGUACACCAGGGUGCCCCAAAAGAUAGAUCCCUUGAUGAUGUCAAACUAAAACUCCCAUGAUGCCUUGCAUGCCUCUAGAAUUCCUUUACAAUGACCACGUCAGGAAGCUGUAGUUUUUAAACCUCUGUGGAUCUACCUUUUUGGCACUCCUGGUGUACACUGUGCCUCUUGAAUACACUAAUCGUUUAAAGGGCCACUAUAGGCACCCAGACCACUUCAGCUCAAAGUGGUCUGGGUACCAGGUCCCCCUAAUUUUAACCCUGUAGCUGAAAACAUAGCUGUUUCAGAGAAACUGCUAGACUUACACUGCAAGGUUAAUCCAGCCUCUAGUGGCUGUUCAUCUGACAGCUGCUAGAGGCUGCGUCCGUGAUUUACACGGAGUAAAUAGCACUUAUUUGAAGCUGGACGUCCUCACGGAGUCCAACGUCAAAGAUCCCCACAGGAAAGCAUUGGGCGGGUUUGAAUGCGUGCAUCUAUGGGUAUGCAUUCGGCUCCACUCAGAAGUCGACGUUGAUGGAGGAGAGGUCAUCAGUGCCAAUGGAGCCCGGCGCUGGAUUAAGGUAAGCAAAUGGUUAACCAUUUAUUCGUCGUGGUACAGGGCCCUACUCACAUAAACGAUGUCUUGGGCUCUAUAGCGUGUGUGUGAUACAUAUUUGUAUAUAGUGUUCCUUUAAGGAUAAAUUAGUGUUAAUACAGCAUGCAUAUGUAUUGAUCUAGAAUGACUCCCUAUUGUGCCUGUUGGGUUUUAUUUUUUAUUCUUUCCUGUGGGAUAACACCUUGCCUUUUAAAUUCUAUAUUGAAGUCUACAGUUCUCCGGACUGCCAGCAGUAAAGAACAGACUGAGUGGUAGUAUUUUACUCCUACAAUUUAUUCACCUAUGUAUUGCACCAUGUGAGACGUAUAACCAAAGUAAAGCUGUUUUGUAAUUCACUUCUCUGUAGUUCUGCAAUUAGAAGGAAUACCUACUCUGUUUAUGACGAUAUUUGUUUUCCAUUUUGGUAAUCUAUAUAUUUUUUUUUUUUUCUUAGCAGUGUUUCUCUCCAUCUUUACAAAUGUUUGUAAGCAGCACGCGCUUUCCUCCAAGUCCAAUAAACAGUCCAAACAGGCGCUUUGUAACGUAAGUAUCUUCUAUAGGUUGACAAACUUGCAGUUACAGUUCUUUAAAAGGAAUACAGCUUUGUAAUUCCUAACACGAUAUAUAGUGUCCCUCUUCCCACCUGCUGCACUCAAUGUGUUAAGCAACCUUUUAAGCACUCGUCUUAUUCUAGUGCUGAGGUCCCUCAGUGCUGGCUCUUACUUCGUCUCCUUGGUCAUUGCGAGGGGGGAACCUAAUGCGCAUGCAUGCCGAAUGCACAAUAGGCUUUCUCUAAAGGAAAGCAUUGAAUCUGUUUUCCUAUGGGGAUUUAGAAGACACUGGACGUCCUUAAUGCAAAGUGUGAGGACAUCCAUUGUCGUUUCACAGACAUCAGUAGUGUCGAAGGUUGCUUAAGUCUGCCUUAGUGAAUACUGUCUGCUUAAUCUCCAUUGGUUCCCCCCUUGUCUCAUGCAUGCUAUAUAAACAUUGGUAGCAGGCUACUUUCAGAUGGAACUUUGCUUUAAACUCUGCAAAGUGUGAAUUGGUGCAAUUCCCUUAUAGCAAACUUUUUUAAAAUUUUUAAUUUUUUUUUCUUCCAACCCCCCCCUUUUCCCUCUACCCCUUUAGACGAAGAAGCCAGAGUCCUAUCAACUUAAUACGUCCAAGUGCACUGGGCCCUAUAAAACGGAAAGGUAGUGUUUCUGAAUAUUUUUUUAACUGCUACUAGUUAGCGCAAACCUAUAUAAUUUUUUUUUUUUUUUCUGGUUUAAUCCUUAUGGGCCCCUCUUAUUUUUAUCUUGCUCUGUAACUUUUCUAUAUAAUUUGUUGCAUGAUGGAUUUUGGAUCUGUGUUGCAUCUUUCCUGUGGGAUGUCAAUAUGUCCAUAUCAUGCUAAAGCAAAAACGUAUAGGAGACAUCAGGGCAACCAGUUAUGAAGUAAAAACUGAGUUGUAGUAUAUUUCUCCUACAGUGUAUUUAUUUUUUUAAAAUAUGUUUUCAUAAUUGUCUGCUGAACUUUUAAAGAACAAAUGUUUUGCCUAGAAUAUCCAGCUCCUGGUCUUUAAGGGUGUUUAUAAAAAUGAUUUGGAAAAUAAAAUCACACUGACUAUAGAAAUGUCAUGCUAAACUUGCUGUCUGUCUUUCCCACAACUCCAGUUGAAGAGGAAUUAGGAAAUCAACCAAAGAGAUUGUUCCAAGGAACUACAAACAUGCUUUCAUCUGAUUGCACACAAAUGUCAGAUUGCAGCUGGUAAAUAUCAUUUUUUUUUUUUUUUAUGUAAAAUGUGUGUAUAAUUUUUUAUUUUUUAUUUUUUUUCACAUACGUUGUAUGAAACAGAUUGUCUAAGUUUACAUUUCUGGAAUGAACACCUUUAUUUUAACUGAAGAUGCAAAAUUUAAAGUGUAUUCCCUGCUGAGUGUCAAAUGAACCUCUUGUGAAGUGGAUGUCUCCUUAAAAUAUGUCUCUAAAACCUUGGUGUGAAUGCAAUGAGCAGACAGUAUGUCAGUUGACGAACAAUUGUCCAUUUUUGAAAUUGGAGAAUUGCUCUUAAGCUGGCUUAAAUGGUCACUCCGCACUAAGACAACUUUAGCCUAACAAUGUUGUUUUUGUGUAUAGAUCAUUCCCCCUGCAGUCUCUCAACUCGAUUCUCUGCCAUUAAGUUAAAUUGUUUGUUUAUGCUGCUCUAGUCACACCUCCUGGCUGUGGCUCACACAACCUGCCUUCACACUUCCUGUAUAGAUCUAAGUAAACACACUGUGCCCUAAGAUCUGACUGAAAAUGGAUUUGCCUAGGCCUGCAUAAACCGAAGAAAAUGAUUUUUUGCAGAGUCUUGAUCUAUAUACCAAAACUUCUUUAAGCGAAAGUGUUUGGCGUAUUCACAGUUCCCAGGUAUUUUGGUUUGAAGGGAAAUGCAAGUCUUGGUUCAACAGCUUCCUGUUGAUCCGCUGUAAAAGUAUUUCAAAAUUUAGAUAUUGAAAGACUGAAUUAAGUAAACUACAGAGAAGUCCUCUGUUUUAUUCUCAUCUAACAAUUUUUUUUUUUUUUUUUACUUUGUUAGCCACUCUUCAGAUCUUGACAGCAGUAGCAGCAUAAGUUCAUCUUGUAAGGAGAGCAGCGUGACUAGUUCCCCAGCUGCCUGUCUUAAUUCUUGCUCUUCAUUCACGUCACUUGAGGAUCUUUCACCAAAGUAACUGCUUCCGCUAUGGAUUUACCUUCAAUCUACCAUCUCAACGCAUUUAAAAACUGACAUACAUGCCCUGUGUGAAGAACUGACUCUUUAUUCAGAAGUGGGAAAGUAUGUUGUAAAUGUACAGGCAGACUGUAUGCACUGGUGUACAUAAGUACCCUUCCCCGUAUUUAUUUGUCUAAAAAAGACUACAAUCAUGGACUGUCAAUGUAACUUGUUAAACCAUUUUCAGAUUUGAAAAUUUAAAGGAAAAACCUCUAAACACUGCAUCACCGUUCAAAAAGUCUUCCUAUAGGGUUCGGAUGGCCAUGUGAGCGGUGUAAGGUGCUAAUUCCUGAAAUUAAUGCAAUGUCUACCACUUAAUCAGCUGUGCUGUGAAAAACUUCAAUUUUUUUUUUCUUUCAUAGAUCAGCAGUUCGUUGUAUAUCUAAACUUGGUGUCCAAAUCUUGUUAUACCAAAGUGUAUUUUUUUUUUUUUUUCCAGAACAGUAACACUUGAAAACUCAAAAGUACUGUAGGCUUUGAAGUACUAGUAGUUCAACCUAAUGUUGCCAUUUUAUUUGGGCAAUGCAAACUUUACCUUUUUGCCAUCAGUGUUUUUAACAAAGUAUACUGUCUGAAGAUAAUGGUAGUGUAGUUCAGUGGGUUUUCAACCCAGUUGUUGCACUCAAGAAGCUAGAUUUUUGUCUAUUCCCAUAGGAAAAGAUUUGGGAAAAUUGCUACAUGCUGGAGGUGGUGAGUCUUGAUUUGGAAGGGGAACCACUAACGUAGAUGAAAGAUUAGACCCAUUUUAUAUCCCAAACUCCGAGAUCAAACGCUUUUGCUACAAGAAGGUAUAUAAUCUCUUCCAGGUUGAUCUCAUCACAAAUUGACUUCUGUUACUUCACUUUUUUUAUUUUUAUAAUCAAAAGUGUGCAUAUUUGUAAUAUAGCCUGGUAUUUAUGUACAUGCGUGUGUAUUUACCCCAAAUGUUUCAUUGUGUGAACGGGGCAUAUUUUUUUUGUCACCAGGACACCGCAAAAUGGUGUCAUUGUAUGAAUUCCUUAAAUUACUUACAAAAUAGUUUUGUACCAGCAAUAGAAGUCAGUGAUUAAGUAUUGUAAAUAAUUUGGCAUUUACUGCAUCAUGAAGAUGUGCAGAUUGUUGGUUACAAGUUGUUUCCUGCUAUGUUUUCUUAACAUUUAGCAGGUGUUAGAGAAUCUCAAACAUUUCAACUCCAAAGCACUUUAUGAAGAGGUUCUCAUCGGGAGUGGUUCUCAAACCAUCCUUGAUGACAGCCAGUGGUCCUCCUAUGUUAAGAAUUCUCCUGAAUUGAUGGUGAACCCCAUACCUCUGCUCAAACGUUUUGUUUAUGGGAAAUCUUGUCACUGUUGGCAUGUGACAAUAGGUCAAGGAUAGGCAUGAUUUGUUUAGAUUGAGCUAAAAUAGGCAUUUUUAAUGGGCUUUGUAGUUAUAUUGAAUACUAGACCAGCGAAUGACAAGUAAAUGUUAGUUUCCUUUGUGGAAAUGUAUGUGUUCUAUUGGGACCAAGUGUGCAGGCAUGAAAUAACCAAACUGCUUUUCCAGCAUAUUGCAGUGACUUUAGAUUUCUGGAUCUUUCAAGAAAUAAAAGAGAAACGUCUUCAUGGCUACAAGUGCAGAUAUUUCACAACUAUCUUAGUUGUGUUUUAAAGCUGUAUUUAUAACUAGAGUGCGUAUUUAGUAUUUCUUUUCAAACCCCAUUCUGUAAUUGUGUAUAUAAUCUACUUUAGAUGUGUGCCUUUUAUGAAUAGCAGUUGUCCCUUUAUUUAACCAAACAGUUUGGUAAUCCGUUAUAAACGUCUUGCUGGUCACAGAAUUGUCUCAAGCUUGUCUUAAUCUGCCAACUGACGUAUUCGUAGAAACCAAUGAAAAUGUGCUAUAGUUGUAUAUCUGCUCUUUCUCUUGACCAAAUGAUUCUUUAUCUUAAAAUGUAUAUUUAAAAAUUAUCUAAACGAGGAAGACCAUUUUUAAAACUGAUAAAAUGCCCAGGCUUACAGUGCCUUGUGUUAAUUUGCGCCCCGGCCUUUAUCCCGCAUGCAUUAAAACCACAAGCUUUGUGGGAUGACUGUAGCACAGAGGUAGAGCUGUGUUUUAAGUGCUGCUGUGUCAUAUUUGCAUGUUAAUGUGUUUUAAUAAGCUACAUUGGGAAACCACCAGUAGAUAUUACCAUUUUUUAAAUUUUUUUUGUGUGUGUAUGUGAAUUGUUAAAUUCAUGAAAUGUGUGGUGAUCAGCACUUGAGGACUUUGUGCCAGAAAUUGUAAAGUUUAAUUUAUUUUUUUUCCUUAAUUUUUUUCAUUUCUUUAAAAAACAAAACAAAAAAACACUGUCUGCACUUUCAUGUGUCAUAUUGUAUAUAUCUGUAUAUUGUAUAGCAUAUACUGGUAGAAUUGUGAUUGUAAAUUGUUUUGAAGAUGUACAGAUCUGUUAAGGGCAGUAUUGCUGCUUUAAACAAUAAAACUGCUGCAUAUCCGUUAAUGUCAUUUUCUUUUCUUUAGUAGACUGAGCUAUAGAAACUGAAUGUAUGGGUGGGAUAUAUGAGAGAUGGGUAAAGACACUAGAAGAUCUAUUCACUAAAUGCCAAAAUUUACUACAGAAACUGCUGUUUGCAUUUGCUUCAAUUCUCUGUUAAGUUGCUAAAAUUCCUCCAGUUCACUGUGACUUACCACCAAAUGUUAAAGGAAC